CUCCUCGCAGUGGACGGCACACUUACGAGUAUUCUUGUACCCAAGCAAAGCUGGUUUUUGGUCACUCUGUGGCCGGUGUAAACAGUCACUAAUCGAAGGAACGGUUGUUAUGUACCGUUAUUUCCCCAGUUGCCAUGCAAAAAUAUGAGAAGCUUGAGAAGAUAGGAGAAGGCACAUACGGGACUGUGUUCAAGGCGAAAAACAGAGAGACGCAAGAGAUUGUUGCGCUGAAGCGUGUGAGGCUCGAUGACGACGACGAGGGAGUACCAAGUUCUGCGUUGCGAGAGAUCUGUCUUCUUAAAGAACUAAAGCACAAGAAUAUUGUGAGGUUACAUGAUGUUCUUCACAGUGAGAAAAAAUUGACUCUUGUAUUUGAGCACUGUGACCAGGACCUGAAGAAGUAUUUUGACAGCCUCAAUGGGGAGAUUGAUCUCGAAGUUGUUAAGUCCUUUAUGUUCCAGCUUCUUCGUGGCCUUGCAUUCUGCCAUAGCAAUAACAUCCUGCAUAGGGAUCUCAAGCCACAAAAUCUUCUAAUUAACAAAAAUGGAGAGCUAAAGUUAGCCGACUUUGGUCUGGCAAGGGCGUUCGGAAUUCCUGUUAGGUGCUACUCCGCCGAGGUUGUCACGCUUUGGUACAGGCCCCCAGAUGUUCUUUUUGGGGCUAAGCUCUACACAACGUCCAUCGACAUGUGGUCUGCUGGCUGCAUUUUCGCAGAGCUUGCAAAUGCAGGAAGACCACUGUUCCCUGGGAGUGAUGUGGAUGAUCAACUAAAACGGAUAUUCAAGCUCUUGGGAACACCAACUGAAGACACCUGGCCAGGGAUGACACAGCUACCAGACUACAAGUCGUUCCCACUAUACCACCCAACAACCAGCUUUGCGCAAGUGGUGCCAAAGUUGAGCUGCAGAGGACGAGACCUCCUGCAGAAACUCCUAGUCUGCAAUCCAUCCAUGAGGCUCUCGGCAGAAGAGGCCAUGCAGCACCCGUACUUCAGCGAUCUCCCGAGCUCGAUAAGGAACGGCUGAUCGCCUCUUCUCACAAGUGGCUCGUGGUAACCACCUCUAAGGCACUGUCUGCAACCAUUUCACUACAUUCAUUUCAUUUGAAUUCAGUAAUGUAUAUAUAGAGUCAACGUCACGGCUCCCUCAUUUCAGUGUUGGUACGUUACCUUUUCUUGCUUUUUAAGUGUCUUUUCUUACUGGAAGUUUAUUGUCAGAAUGGUCUUAGUGGCAUUGAUGGAAUUAAGAGAGCUUGUACCUGAUAAGCGAUAGAAAUGUGAUCAAACAAUCAACUUCAGGCAGCUGUAAAUGACAAGAAUUUUUCUUACAUUUAAUUAAUUUAAAAUGAAAGAAGCAAGCUGCAGUCAUGGAUAAUUUUUAAUAUACUUGCUGUGGAAGUGGAUGUCAGGAACGUAAGCUUAUGGACUGUGAGUGCAAUUCUUUUUUGAGGUCAAAUCAGUAGCCAAGCAUUAGAAGGGAAUUUUAAUACUAACUUCACAUGUGGCUGAAGAUGGUGCUGGUCUAUUCCAGGUUCCAUGCAUAGUGUGUGAUAAAGCUUUUCAGACCACUGAUCGUCUGUAAACUUUUGUCCUUUCCGGUGAAAAGUUUGUGGCUUAGGUUGAUGUUGAACUGAAGUUUCGUGUGGCCAUCAUUAAUGUGUGCUUUAUAACAAUGAUAUGGUCAGACUUUUGGUUGUGUGCUGCUGCUUUUAAAACAUUCUACACAUGUGCGAAAUAUUCUCAGUUUCAGUGCCAUAUACCAUUCAUAUUUAAGCUGCACAAGCUCCUAUUAACAAUGAGUUUGAAUACAUAAUGAGCCUGCUUUGUUACAAACCACUUUCUUUUGUAUUGCAAGCCGACUUCUGAAAGGUAAAUAUUUAUUAAAAAGUGUCGAGCAAUGUUAUUGUUUGAAACUGUUUGGUAAAGGUGUAGAUAAUAUGUGGCUGGUGGCUAAAAAGACAAAGACAAAGUAUACAUGGAUGUAGAAUGAGGUGCUUUUUCUUCAGGAAGAAUGGUUUUCAGAUGUUCAUGUAUACUUGCAGUGCUGACAUGGAGAAUAAAAGUAACUUUUGGCAGUCAAAAAGGAUGUUAUGCUCAUUUCUUGUGGAUGAGUUGCUAUGUUAGACCAAUUAAAUGUAGCAUGAUUGCACAUUUUGUGGAAAUUCGUGAAAGAGUUUUCUCAUUAGAAUAGUAUUCAUUCUUUAUGUCCUAAAAGCUGUUCAUGUCCUACUACAUGUCUCAACAAUGGAAUGUUGUGUUACUCUACGUUCUCUACAUUUUGAAGUGAUGCUUAGAAAAAAAUAACUUGGGCUCUUACAGUAAAUACUCUACUACAGUACCAAAAAAUUUGUUUUUACCAUGAGCGUCACAAAUCACCUAAGCUUAUCACAAAUUGGUAAGCGAGAAACGAUUACAGACUGGUGGUGACACUGUAUGACAUUUUUUUGCCAGCUUGCUGCGACAUGGAUUUUGAAGGCCUCCACUCAGGCUUAAAUUCUUAUUGCUUAACAUUGAUUGUAUUCCAAAAGGGCACAGACUGAACUUGAGAAUAUCCGAGAACUUUUACUAAGUUGUGUUGGCCCUGAUACGAAAAACAUACAUUGAAAUCCAUGACAUCACUGACAUGCUAGUGCUGGCAUUUUGGCACUACACUAUAAAAUUGAAACUUCCUAAAAAUAUAAUUAUCAUAGCACUCUAAACUGAUGCAGCAUUUCUCAUCAGUUUUCCUUUAAAAGCAGCUACCAGCUCAUACAUCUAAAUGACUAAGUUAGCAUGUUUUUUGUGGUGAGACUACCUUGCUGUGCCCAGGAGGAAUGUAACUAUUGACCUGAUAAAGGAUGUAUUAUUUAAUGAACAGCACUCAGAGGAGUGUUUUUUUCUUUCAACCACUUGUCAGUGGUAGCAAGCCUUCAUAGUCGUGUCCUUGCUUGUGCACUCGAGAGUAAAACCAGUCACUGU